CCUCUCUCUUCCCCUCCUCUUCCUCUUCUCCGUCUACAAUCCUUGCCCUGCAACUGAGGUUCCCGCGAAAGGAGCUAACAAAUUUCUGCAAGUUCGUUCUUCUCUUGUCUCGUAAAUUCGUAAUCAUGAUGAAGAUAAAUACUCCGAAGAAGAAAAGGGUCCUUCGGGAACUGGAGAAGCGAGCGCCAAAGCUGGUUGAGACGGGGAAGAAGACGCUGAUACUUCAAGGCUUGAAGACUAGCAACGUGUUGAAUUCGGUUCUGAAGGAGAUAUAUCACCUGAAGAGGGAUAGCUCUGUGAGGUAUACGCGGAAGAAUGAUAACAUCAGGCCGUUCGAGAGCGGGGGCGAGACUUCCCUCGAGUUCUUCUCUCAGAAGACUGAUUGCAGCAUAUUUGUGUAUGGCAAUACGUCAAAGAAGCGGCCUGACAAUAUUGUCAUUGGACGUACUUAUGAUCACCAAAUAUACGACCUUGUAGAAGUCGGUGUUGAAAACUUCAAACCAAUGGAGUCAUUCAAAUAUGACAAGAAGCUAGCUCCGAUGGUCGGGUCUAAACCAUUCAUCACUUUCGCUGGAGAAGGAUUCGAGAGCAUUGAUGAAUUGAAACAUUUGAAAGAGGUUCUGCUUGAUCUCUUCCGGGGAGAGGUUGUUGAAAGUUUGAGCCUAGUUGGGCUAGACCGUGUUUAUGUAGUCACAGCUGUAUCCUCGGACCGAGUCUUCCUUACUCAUUGCGCCGUGAGGCUAAAAAAGUCUGGGUCCGUAGUCCCGAGGAUCGAACUAGUUGAAGUUGGCCCUUCUAUGGAUCUUGUGGUUCGCCGUCAUCGCCUUCCUAACGAGAGUUUAAGGAAAGAAGCAAUGAGAAUUUCUACAGAUGGCCUUAAGAAGAAGAUUAAGAAUGUUGUUGGAGAUUCUAUACAGGGCAAGAUCGGGAAGAUUUAUAUGCCUGAUCAGAAGAUUGGAGAAAUGGCACUACCUAACAAAGCCAAAGGAGUAAAGAGAGAACGCCGAGAAGCCAAGUUGAAGCACAGUGAGCAUGCAGCAAAGAAGCGGAAGGAAGAUGGCGCUGACUGAUUGUAUUUGGCCAUCUGGGUUACUCCUGAGCCAUCCCUUGGCGAUCUGAUUAUACUCUUUUGAGGGUCUGCAUUGUCAAGCUCGUGGAUGCAAGACAGGUCGUCAGAGGGAAGAAAACUGGGGUGUCACCAAGACAUCAUUUAUGUUCUCGGAUAUUAUAGUAAACUCGAUUGAUCAAGUUUUUGGUAGCUGUAGUCGUUGUUAUCAAUCUGCAUAUGUAAUUUGCUCCACAAUGACAAGUUUAAUGAGUGUUCUAAUCGAGCUAAUUAUCAAUGCCAUUUACUUUUAACUUUCUCUGAUCAUUAUCAAAGCAUAGUAUGUUUAGUUUGCUUCUACUUAGAUCACAUCCUUCA